AUGGCAGACCACUGCCCUCGAACGCAGCCUCUGGGAAGUGGCGCAGAGAGAGCAGGUGAAGACCGGAUUCAGCUCGUCUCUGCCUUUCUGCUGCAGAUCACGGUGCUGGGGACGCCUGCGGAAGAACAAGGAGGAGGCAAAAUAGACCUGAUAAACGCUGGAGCGUUUGAUGGCCUGGAUGUGGUUUUUAUGGCACACCCCUCCCAAGAAAACGCAGCUUACCUGCCCGAUGUGGCCGAGCACGAUGUGACUGUGAAAUACUAUGGAAAAGCUUCUCAUGCUGCUGCUUAUCCUUGGGAAGGAGUUAAUGCAUUAGAUGCUGCUGUUCUUGCAUACAACAAUCUGUCUGUUUUAAGACAGCAAAUGAAACCGACCUGGAGAGUUCAUGGUGUAAUAAAAAAUGGUGGUGUGAAACCUAACAUCAUUCCUUCUUACACUGAACUAGAGUUUUACUUGCGUGCCCCUUCAAUGAAAGAUCUUUCUGUUCUGACAGAAAAGGUUGAGAACUGCUUCAAAUCUGCAGCACUGGCCACAGGAUGCAAAGUGGAAAUAAAAGGUGGUGAAAAUGAUUACUACAAUGUGCUUCCAAAUAAGAGCCUGCAGAAAGUUUACAAGGAGAAUGGAAAGAAGCUUGGAAUAGAAUUUAUAUCAGAAGACUGUAUCUUGAAUGGUUUGUCAGGUUCCACAGACUUUGGAAAUGUUACAUUUGUAGUCCCUGGGCUUCAUCCUUAUUUUUAUAUUGGCUCCGAUGCAUUGAAUCAUACUGAGCAGUACACAGAAGCUGCAGGGUCACAGAAUGCUCAGUUCUAUGCUUUGCGCACAGCAAAAGCUUUGGCAAUGACAGCACUGGAUGUCAUUUUCAAGCCAGGUCUGCUAGACAUAGUCAGGGAAGACUUUAGACAGGUGAAGCUAAAAGAAGAGGGGCAAAUAAAUCCAGUAGAACUUAACAAAGAAUCUGGUGUUGGCACAGGAGCAUGUGCAUCACACUAAACUUCCAUUAAAGCUAUCUCAGUAGGCUUGACUUAAUGGAGAUGCUGUAUUUAAAUCCCAGAAGGGACUGGAUAAACACAUAGCUAAAAAUAUCGAUUUUUUUUUUUUUUUUGACUUUAGAAACAAAUAGUAUCAUUGCUUUCAAAAAUGUGCAAUUUCAUCUAGCUGUAAUGUUUGCUGUAUUCAAUAUGGUGAUGAAUUUCAGAGAGAUCGCAAAUAGCGUCUUUAAGUUGCACUGUUGAAUAAAUGGUAGUGUUUAGAUCCCUUGUCAGUGAUUUUCUGUGUAUUGUUAAAGUAAUAUUCCUUACAGAGGAAAUAUGGCAUUUACAUGGAAAUUUUUGUUCUAAAAUAAGCACUGUUCACUUGGUGAUCAUAGCUCAAAUCUGACCUGUGAAGCAUUUCUCUCUGCCCAGUUGCUUUUUCUUGGGACAAGAACCUGAGCUGGUUUCACUGGACAGAAGGGUGUAUGGAAGCAUGCCUGGUUUUGGCAGUAAUGUCUUCCAACAGUGGAAGAGAACUGUAUGGAAAUGCAACUUGUAAAGGUUGAUUGUCCUGAAAUGCAUUGAUCCUCCUAAUAAAUUUUGGAGAUGUUUUGGAGAAGUCAUUGAUCAAAAAAAUCUAAAAGCAACUAAAUGGUUAUAUGCUUAAAUAAACACGUUUAAACUGCUGCCAGAAAACUCAUGUGCACCUUUUCAGUUCUACUCUAAAGCAAUACGGGUGUCAACACAAAGUGUUGUACUAACUUAAUUGAUUGAAAGGAUGUGUAUAAAUUUAACUAAACCAAUGAAAAUUUUUCACAAAGAUGCAAGUGUGAUACCAUGAAGCAGUAAAUGAAGGUGGAAACAUAAAACUGGUUGUGUGCAAACCCCUGUAGUAAGCCCUGAGAAUCUUGCAUGUGCAGUAACUGGCUGCUUAAACCUGUUUGUUCCCCCUAUCCUAAGCAGCAGAUCUGUUAAGCCUGGCCAGUUGUCCUUUCUAUGUGUUCUGUAGUUAAGUCUGUUAAAGCCUUGUUAUGUUGCAGAUUUUAUCUAGGUGGUAUUCUGUGCGUCCAAACAUGUUAGGAAUUCUUUUAAUUUGCUUGUUAAAGGGUCAUGUGAAUACAUAGAGAAGGAACUAAUCUUUUGUUCAGAUACAAAUUGCUGAGCCAACGGACAGACAAGAGUGAAAGAGCAGCUUACUGGUUAACAUUUUCCUAAGCAUAGAUAUUAUAGUAAACUUCUGAAGUCAGGCAAACUGUAUUCCCAGGAAGUCAGAAUACCCAAAAUAACUUCAGAAACCUGGUUUGUAGUACUAAUCUUUAAAUGGUGAACUCUAGAAUUCUAAUCAGAAUUUAUUUUAUUAACCUCUAUAUUGAAUUCCUAAUUCUGGAAAAAAGAUUCCUUACCCUGGUUUAACUGUGCACUCCCUCUGCCUUUCUGUGUGUUCUUUAACACAGACCUCCAGCUACUAUUUAAGAAUUCUGUUGACUCCCUUGUUAGAAGGAAAAAGGUGUGACUAGGCUGGCUUCUGUUUGUAUGUCAUGUAGACAACAUAAUUUGACAGUUUUUAGUCUUCCUGAUACUUCAGCCUCUGUGCUUGUAGUAAUAGGACACAGACCAUCUGUUAGUAUAUUGAAUGUUCAGUAUCUUUGGAAAAGGAAGUAAUUGUUUAUCUGUUUCUGUAAGAACCAGAGACACAAAGGGGUUUGUUUUGUUUACAAGCCAGUUACCUGAAGUCGAGCAUGACUAUAAGUAUUCCAGGUUAAAGGAUGGUCCUUCGGAUGGUCCUUCAUUGCACUAGUAUCCUUGCUUUCGUUAGCAGACAGUUUUGAGAAAUUAAUGCAUGAAACAGAUGAGGGUUGGACUCUGAGCUAUAGGUAUGUCCAGGGUAGUAAGUUGGAUACUAGAUCCAACUGAAAUUUGGUCCAAGGUUUUGUUAAAGGAACUUUCUCCUUAACUUUUAAUGUAAACCCUACCUUGCCAGUUCUCAGUUAAAAGUCAUUAAGUUCUACAGGGUUAACAAGCUAGUUUAUGAGUUUCCUUAGCAUAUGUGGCUCAUUAUUUCCUCCUGCACUGCUUAACUUUUUGCUUUACUGUUUUUAAGAUGGAGUGUUGAGAUUUCAGGGAUAGCAGUAUAUGCUGCAUUGUGCUUCCUACAAGCUGAUGUGCAUUACAGCCUUAGUUCUUCGUCUGGACUAGCUGUAUUAUGUCCAAGAUCCUUUAAUGAAACAUUUCUGUACUAAAAGCAUGUCUUAAUUUUGUUGUAAUCAUUGCUGGAAUUAAAAUGAAACUGAAGUACUGAUUAAAGAUGAAUUGGUAUCAAUAAAGCAGUUUAAUUAUGUCUGAA